ACUUAACAGUUCACUGCCAAACAUAUCCAGAUCUACGGUUUUAUACUCUGAUUAUUACAAUGAAACUAAACAAUUGGAGAUAAACUAUACUACGGGCAAUGUUAGACCAUGAUAAUUGAUCGUUGAUUUUCUCAGACACAGCGCGAAUUCAAUGGCUUCAACCACUCAUUCCAAACACUAUAUGUCGUCUAGGCAUUAUGCAGUUAUGUCUCUUGUAAUGGCAUGCACUUGUUUUACAGUGAUGUGGAUUGUUGUGACCUCAAUUCAGAGCAGAAUUAAUGGGGACUCCUUAGAGAUCCAACAUAAACCAAGUCCAAUAGAAACUCUGCCACCUAGGAGCAAGCAGGCAAAGUUAAAUGCAAAGCCAAAUGAUCAUCUGAAUUUUGGGAGGCAAAAGGAACAUGGUGAGGAGAACAAGGUAGAAAAUGAGCAUAUAUUUGAUAACAAAACAUGGCUUCCUAAUUUAGGGGAGCAGAAUGAGGGAGAAAGUAAGGAGAAUGAAGCAGAAAUUAAGAAGAAUGAGGGAGAAAUUAAGGAGAAUGAAGCAGAAAUUAAGAAGAAUGAGGGAGAAACUAAGGAGAAUGAGGCAGAAAUUGAGGAUAUAUUCCACAACAAAGAAAUCUUCCUUGAUGAUUAUAAAGAGAUGAUGAAGAAAUUCAAAAUCUAUGCAUACCCACAUGAAGAAAAUGAUACCUUUGCAAAUAUAUUUCUACCAGAGAAGACUGAGCCUGGUGGGAAUUAUGCCAGUGAAAGCUACUUUAAGAAGGCUCUCAUGCAAAGUCAUUAUCUCACAAAUGAUCCCACAGAAGCUGAUCUUUUCUAUUUGCCAUUCUCCAUUGCCACAAUGAGGAAUGAUAAAAGAGUCAGUGUUGGGGGAAUUCAAGAUUUCAUCAAGGCAUAUAUUGAUAAAAUCAGCCAAAGUUAUCCAUAUUGGAACAGAACAAAUGGUGCUGAUCAUUUCUAUGUGGCUUGUCAUUCAGUGGGCAGGACAGCAAUGGAGAAAGUAGUUCAAGUAAAGCUUAAUGCAAUUCAAGUAGUGUGUUCUUCAAGCUACUUUGUUUCAAGCUAUGUUGCACACAAGGAUACAUCAAUACCACAAAUCUGGCCCAGACAAGGGGAUUCCAUGGGACUUUCUUCUACCAAAAGAAGUACGUUGGCUUUCUUUGCUGGAGAGAUAAACUCUCCUAUUCGUGCUAAAAUCUUAAAAGUGUGGAAAGAUGACUCUGAGAUUUCUGUCCAUUUUGGAAGGCUCCCUACUCCAUACUCUGAAGCUAUGUUAAAAAGUAAGUUUUGUCUUCAUGCAAAAGGAUAUGAAGUGAACACGGCAAGGAUUGGAGAUUCUCUAUAUUAUGGAUGUGUGCCAAUUAUAUUUGCAGAUCAUUAUGAUCUUCCAUUUAAUGAUAUUCUCAAUUGGAAAUCAUUCUCUCUUAUUGUUUCAACUAUUGACAUUCCAUUAUUGAAGGACGUACUCUAUGACACAGGCCUAAAAAAAUAUAGCAAGUUACAAAAUAAUGCUCUUAAAGUUAGGAAGCAUUUCCAAUGGCACAUGCCUCCUUUAGACUAUGAUGCAUUUCAUAUGGUGAUGUAUGAGUUAUGGUUGAGACGCCAUGUCUUAAGAGUCCCUUUGUAAUAAAUUAUUUAAAAUAAAUGGAAAUAAAUAAAAAAUAAUUACUAUA